AUGGAGGAGAUGCCGCCAGCAGGGAGGAAGCGGCCAGGAGGGAUGAAGCUGAUAACCCUCACCCUUUUUCGCCUAAUCCUUCUUCUCCUCAUCAGCGCACAACCACUCCGGUGUGAACGUGUAAAGCUGAAGAGGGUCCCCUUUGACCGGGAGUCCGCCAGGGGACCCCUACAAAACAAAGUGAAAAAAUUUGAGGAGAGUAAACUCGUGCUGGUGAGUAACCUCCCGAAGCUGUCGGAGACACAUGGGGAGUUUCUGCGAAUGUUUGAGGUGGAAGGGGGCAACCAUGUAGGGAAGUUCGUUCAUCUGGGGGGCAGUGGCAGUGAUGCGCUGCUGCCCGAGGACCCCGCCAUCUACGAUGGGCUGGUGAUCAUCCUGGAUGCCUUGGACGACCAGGUGGUCGAAUCGGUGACCACCAAGUAUGUGAUCAGUUUCAGAGAGAAGAAGAAAAACGUUUUUUUAAGUCUCAACAGAGUAAGCGGGAAAAACGGGGUGCAGUUCUUAACGCGGUUGGAUAUUCAGGUGUAUGGGAGUGGGACCUACGUGAAGGACCUCUUUGGAACGGCAUCACGAAAGGGGGGGGCAUUUCCUGAGGGGAGAAUCACCCCGAGGGACGCCUUCUACACAGGAGAAAUGAUAAGAGAUACGCCAAUCGUUAAUAACCCCUCCGGGGGGAACAAAAAAAAAAAACUUUUGCUCUUCCAAGGAACAGCACAUGUCAUGAUGGGGAAAGCAAAGCAAAGCCUCGAAGUUGUAACCUGCACACAGACGUGUCUGCUGUACGACAGAAAUGGCAACGUCAUGAAGAAGACCAAACUGGGAAGGGAGUUAUCUUUAGUAUCUUCCACUCAGUGGGAUAAUAACUCGCGAUGUGUUUUUUCAUCCUCAAGUGAAAUUUUCUCGGACGCUUUUUUUCACGCAAAUGGAGAGAAUAAAGAAUUCGCGCGGGAGGUAGUUGCGUGGAAUUUUAAAAAGAGCGGCAUCGUCCGGUACGACAAGUUUAAGCUGUACAGGGGGGGGGGGAAAACGGGACAUGCGGCGGGGCAACCCUCAGGGGGAGACCUCUUAGGGGGCACUCCCUUUUUCGCGAACGAUUUGACCCACCUCUCCAUCGACCUCUACGAACUGAAGAGCAACUUCUGGGUCCCCCUCAAGCGGAGGGACAUUCAGUACGAACUCGUCAAAAUGGAAGUUCACAGAAGAGAUUUUUUAAAUGUGCACGGAAAUGCGGACAGCCCAACUUACUAUAAAAGUUUCCACUUGCCAAACGAACAUGGUGUGUAUAAAAUAAAAAUAUAUUUCCACAGAAAAGGCUACAACGUUUUAAAUUUGCAUUUUUUCCUGCCCGUUCGAUCUCCACUGCAUUAUGAUAAGAACAAAAAAGUGCACUUUUCGUUGUACCCAUUUUAUGCGUACAUUUAUUUGUCUCUUUUUUGUUUUUUUUUUUUCCUUUUGGUCAUUCUGUUUGACGAUUCGGGGGGUCCCGCGGAGGAUGGCGGUGGGCGCAGCCACGGCAAGAAGGACAAAAUGGACUAG